AUGCAUUGUCAAGUAAUAGUUCCUGAAGGGUCGUUGAAGGGUAAAGUUUGCAGUACUCCUUGUGGUAAAAAGUAUUACAGCUUUGAGGGCAUUCCCUACGCAAAACCACCUAUUGGACCACUUAGAUUCAAGGCUCCAGAAAAAUGUGACGAUUGGUCUGGAGUUCUUGAUGCAACAAAACCAGGAAACAAAUGUGUACAAAUGAACCUCAUAGAUGGUUCAAUUGAGGGAUCAGAAGACUGCUUAUACCUAAACAUAUACACUCCAAGUUUGCCAUAUGAAAAAAUACAAAAACUCCCAGUUCUGUUCUUCAUACAUGGUGGCAGGUUUUUAAUGGGCUAUGGUGAUUAUUACCGACCAGACUAUUUGAUACGACACGACGUUAUCUUAGUUACAAUAAAUUAUAGGCUAACUAUUUUUGGUUUUCUAUGUCUUCACACUCGAGAAGUACCUGGAAAUGCAGGACUUAAAGAUACUGCUAUGGCAUUAAAAUGGGUACAAAGUAACAUAGAACAUUUUAACGGUGAUAUAAAUAAUAUUGUAGCAUUUGGAGAAAGUGCUGGAGCGGCUGUUGCAUUGUCCUUCCUAAACUCAAAAAUGAUUAAUGGUAUUUCAAAGAUAAUUGCGCAAUCAGGUACAUCUCUAUCAGACUUGUUUAUGGUAGAUGAUGACCCCGUCGAAAGGGCUAAAGCGAUUGGGACAAGUUUGAGUCACGAAGUAAGAAAUACGGGGGAACUAUAUGAUUUACUUAUAAAUGCUUCCGCAGAGGACUUGAUUGGGGCAUAUAUGUCACAGGAAUUAGGUAGGGAAAUUACUACCAUUCAUGCGUAUCUUCUACCGGUAGUUGAAAAACAAUUCGAGAAUACCGAACGGUAUUUUGACGAGUACCCUCUUCAAUCGAUAAGAAAUAAUCGAUGUAAAAAUAUACCGUGUCUCAUGAGUAUGGCGACACAUGAAGCUGCAUUAUUUUUGAACCGCGACGAUUCUGGUAAUAUAAUCUUCACCAAUAAUUUACGAAAAUUUAUACCAAACUAUGCAUUCGUCGACCUUGAAUCGAAAGAAGCGUACAAUAUAGAGAGGGUAUUGAAAAAAUUGUAUUUUAAAGACAAAGAAAUUGGUCCUUCGACGCUUCCGGAAUAUCUGAAAUUGACAUCCGACGCCUACUUCGCUCGGGACUUCGUUUAUACAGCUGAAAUUUUAUCUUCAAAAUGCAGUUUUUAUUUAUGUAGAUUCGAUUACCCGGGAAAUAUGAAUACGCGAAUCAUGAAAAAACUCGGUGUUGAAGGUACAACGCAUGGUGAUCUGAUACAAUAUGUGUUUUAUAAGGAGAAAAAGGCGAAAUCGUGUAAGGAUAGUGAUAGAGCGAUUAUAGAUAUGUUGUGUGAAAUGUGGUGCAAUUUCGCGAAGACUGGAAAACCAUCAUGGAAACAUCAGAACACCAAGUGGUUACCAUAUAAGAAGAGCCAAAAAUUAUGCCUUAAUAUAGCUGAAAAUAAUAUUCAAUGUAUACCGUUACCAGAGUUCAGUAGGAAUAAGGUUUGGAUAGAUUUAGUAUGCCAAAGGUCUAAAUUAUAA